AAUCAGCCAGCGUUGUCAUCAGACAUUUUCCAGCCGAUUUUCGCAUGGAAAAAGACUGGCAAAAGGCUGGAAAUAUGUAGCAACGACAACACGUCUGAAGUGCACCCACGGAAUAGUGCGAGUGUAAACGAUCAGCGGCAGUGCAGGGUCGACAUGGUCAUGGAAAAUGUGGUAGUUUGAAGCAACCACACCGUUGAGAUAUAGCGCAUGUUGUUGCCGCUGCCCUCAUGGAAGAGAAGCCGGAAAAAGUGACAAAAAUGUUAGUCGACAGAAUCGACGGUGGAAAAGUAGAUCGUGUACAGUUGUGAAAAAGUUCCCAUAGAAGGAUUUACGUUGAUGUUUUAUGUGGUUUAAGUUUUUUUUUCUGAUAAAGUGAGAUUUAUGUAAAGUGAGUUCGAUGAUUCAUAGUUAUUAGUGUGCAUCGCCGACUGUACCUAUGUUUCGGUGCUUACGAUAGGCCGUACGAAUAUCGAGGUUAUUUUAGAAAAGUAUUGACUCAAGACGAGAGUAUAAUGGAUCCCGAGCAAAUUAUUCUCGAUAAUAACGAUUUUGACGACGGUUCGGAUUAUGGCGAAUACGAGUUUAUGCAAGAUCAAGAUGCUCUCUCGUUGAAUGCUCCUCUAGAUGCCAUCCUUGAUCCGACGACAACGCCGAUCUCGUGCCAAUCCUCGCCGAUAGAGGACUCCCUCACGCUAUCGGCCAAUCUAGAGGAGCAGCCGGCAGCGUCGUCGGUCGCGAUCAGAGCAGCGACAGUAGAAGCGUCGACCAUCCGUACGGUAGCUUCGAGUUCGGCCAGUCAGCAGCAGCAGCAGCAGCAGCAGCAGCAGCAAAGGCCUACACAGAAGCUUACCAUCAAAACGAUCAUCCUAGGCAGCCCGGCGGUUGCCACCACAGUGAGCGGCGGUGGCGGACACGGUUCGUCCUCGUCUUCCUCUACAUCGUCAUCUCCGUCCUCUUCGUCCCCAUCGUCAUCCGUGCCUUCGCCAGCGUCGUCGAUCGGUGUACGCUACGGACUGGGCGGUGGCAAACCAUCGGCAGCGGCCCUACGGCGCGGUCCGGGACGUCCGAAGAAAGAUUUCAUUCCAUUGCUAAAGAUGUCGACCGGUAGCGCGAGUUCGUCCUCGAGUUUCGCUAGCGGCGCCACGAUGUCGACGACGACGACGACGGCGACGGCGAUGGUGAAAGUGAGUGGAAGCUCCGCCAUGACUGCUGCUCCUGGAACCACAUCCACGACCGUUGGCGUCGGUGGUUCCUCACCAUCGUCAGAGAGCAAGAUCGUUAAAAGCCCAAGAUCCCCGUUUCCACUGCUUUUUAGAUAUAAAAAUACUAAUGUUGUUCGUGGUGGUAUUCCUAAAAGGAAAGCGGAGCUAGCUGCCAUUUCACUAAACGAUUCCACCUCCAAUCCUUCGGCAACAAUGGCCAACGCGCGCAGUCCUCCUUCAAGCAGCCUUGCCGCUCCGCUCUCCUCACCGCCCGGUGCGACCGGGUUCGGAUCGUUACUGUCAUCGCCAAACGACGACGGUGGUACCCUCGUUGGUGGUGCUCCCAGCACCGCGAACAGUUCCGUCGCGUCUACGCCCACCGCCGAGAUAGACGCUGACCCGGCACUUCUCAUGCCGGCACCGGACGAGAUGCCGUACUUUCCGGAAAAGUACCCCGGCAAGGUGUGCAUCCUGUGCAAUCUAGGAGAGCGCAGCCAGCUCGGUCAGGGUGAGAUGUUGCGCAUCGAGAUGACGCUGGCCGCCGACCAGAUAGCUUCCGCGCUGUCGCAGGACGAGAAGGCAAUCGCGUCCGGGUUGGGAAUAACGGACCCCUCGGGAGCCCUGGGGGAUAUCUUUGGCGAUAAGAGUCCCAAAGCAUCCGGUCUAGGGCCGCCACAGUUUGGGGGCAGCAAGCGCCAGAAAGGAUCGAACAAGUGCAAGAAUCCCAUUGCGAACGCCGAAUAUACGGACGAACUAGAAAAGAUCGGCCAUCUGGAGGUGAUCGACAGUUCCAUCAGCGAUGGCGGGUACUUCUACAUUCAUCGUUCUUGUGCGCUCUGGUCGUACGGGGUCGGCCGUGACCCGGUCAGUGGGACGCUCAGCAAUCUGGAGGUGGUGGUGGUGCAGAGCCUUAGCAGAAGAUGCCACUUCUGUGCACAUUAUGGUGCAAGUUUAUCGUGCAAGAUGUCCUGCCCGAAGUGGUAUCACUUUCCGUGUGUGGCCGCCUCCGGUGGGUUCCAGGUCAUCCAGACGUACAACAUCUUCUGCAAGGAGCAUCUCGGACAAGUGCCUUUAGUGUGUGCGGAGGACAUCAACUGCCGGCAGUGCUCAGCGCUCGGUGAUGUCGGAAACCUGGUGAUGUGUUCGAUCUGCGGCGACCAUUACCAUGGCACGUGCGUUGGGUUGGCACAGUUGCCGGGUGUGCGCACUGGCUGGCAGUGCAAUUCGUGCAAGAAGUGUCAAAUCUGUCGUGUACCUGACUCGUCCGAGGGCCGCUCGGUAGCGUGUGAACUGUGUGAUAAGAUAUACCAUGCAAGCUGCCUGCGACCGAUCAUGACCUCGAUACCGAAGCUCGGCUGGAAGUGCCGCUGCUGUCGGGUGUGCUCGGACUGUGGUGCGCGUACGCCGGGUGCCGGUGCGUCGUCCCGAUGGCAUUCGCACUACACGGUCUGCGAUUCGUGCUAUCAGCAGCGCAACAAGGGAUUCUCCUGCCCGAUCUGCCAUCGGGCGUACCGGGCCGCCGCUCAUCGGGAGAUGGUUAAGUGUAGCGUGUGCUACAAGUUUGUCCAUAGUACCUGCGAUCCGGAUGCCGACCUGUCGACGUACCACAGCCGAAAGGAAGCCAAUUCGGAGUACGAGUAUUUGUGCAGUCCGUGCAAAACGGUCCUGCACAACGGACGGCUGGCGGCAGCACUACGUCGCAGCAGUGGCAGUGUUGAUGACGACAGCAUGUCCUUGUCACAGGACAGUCUAAAUGACGACGCGAUGGAGGUGGACAGCUGCGGAAUUGGUAGCGAAGGCGGUCGGGAUAGCAUUCGGGAGCGUCUCGAACGGUCCGGCACGUCCGACGUAGGUCUCGGUAAGGGAAAGCCGUAUGUAGCGAGCAAGAUCGCAAAAAAGCGGCUUAGCCUAACGCUCAGCGGGGUCUUGGGCAAUAAUCGACCUAAGGGCAUCGGAAAAGGGUUUCAAAAAAAGACCCGUCUGGCGGAUAUCACACGCAAGCGCGGAUCAAAAGCGAAGAUGCGCGGGAUUUUCGGUGUACCCGGGCUCGGGCUGCAACGCCCGACUGCCGACCUUGUGGCGACGACAAAAUCAAACGAGGAAGAACCGGGUGGUGAGAACAGACUCGUUCUGUGUUCGGCAAAGGAUAAAUUUGUCCUCACACAGGACAUCUGUGUGAUGUGCGGUGCCAUUGGAACGGACCAGGAGGGUUGCCUAAUCGCAUGCACUCAGUGUGGCCAGUGCUACCAUCCGUACUGUACGAAUGUUAAGGUAACGAAAGUGAUACUACAAAAGGGCUGGCGCUGCCUUGACUGUACGAUAUGCGAGGGUUGCGGCCAACGGAACGACGAAGCCCGGCUGAUUUUGUGCGAUGACUGCGAUAUUUCGUACCACAUCUACUGCAUGGAUCCACCGUUGGAGCACGUUCCGCAAGGCACGUGGAAGUGCAAAUGGUGCGCCAUGUGUCUGAAGUGCGGCACAAACAGUCCCGGGUACAACUGCAACUGGAUGAACAGCUACACCGAGUGUGGCCCCUGCGCUAGUCAGUCCAACUGCCCAUCAUGCAACGAGGGUUACGCGGACGGAGAACUUAUUAUCCAGUGUCACCAGUGUGAACGGUGGCUGCACAGUGCCUGCGAUCAGAUCAAGAACGAAACCGAAGCGGAACGUUGCGCGGAGGACGGUUAUAACUGUCUCCUUUGUCGGCCGGGCGAUCAGCCACCACCCCAUCUGGUGCCAAAGCGCAGGUUACCGUCGGUGACAAUCGCAGCGAUUCCAACGGUAACGACUCCUAAGUCGGCGUCGAAACUGGAGGAAAGGAUUGUUCCACUCGCUCUCGAGGGUAACCACUAUCUCGAUGGUGUGUGCUUGAGCGAGCACGGACUGCACCAGAUAAAGGCGCUCCAGGCCGAGUUUGGAAAGCGAGGGAAACGGAAGCCGAAGCUUCCGGCGGAACCGCCACCGGCACCAGGCAAAGACGCUGCCAUACUGGCAGCCAUCGAGUCGGUGGUAGCCGGCAGCAGCCACGAUAAUUCCCUAGAAGGUCUUGAACCUCUCGAUCCAAAGGAGGAGGCUGAAAUCUACAAGGACGGUAUGGUGUGGAACGAUCCUACGCCACCCGAAGGGUUCGCCUUGUUUACCACCGAAAGUGGCACGGUGGUGCUGCGCAAGAAACGGCAGCGUAACCUGCAAAAACUAGGCAUCGGAGGUUUCUUCGUGCGGAACAGGGGCGUGCGGACCAAAGAUGGCAAGGAUGACGAAGAUCUGGGCGAUGGCACCUUGGACGAGGACGGCGCUGCCGGUGGGGCGACAAAACCAAAGAAGAAGCCCAUUCGGCGCAAGCCGAAAAGUAAGUUGAUCGAAAUCUACCCCAACAUCCUGCAGGAUGCAUUCUUCGGUCGGUCACUUUUGAGUGCCAGCAUGCCAACAUUCGACAUCGUGGCCAGCGACGACGACGUGAAGAGUGAUGUGUCGGAUGACAAAACGGUUAAGCUGUCGGCGGAAGAGUUGAAACUAUUCGAGGCUGUCAAGACGAAGGAGGAAGAGAUCAACAACCAACUGUCUAAUGAACAAAGCGCCGGUGUUCUGGCUGUUCCGAGCACCACAAGCCAGCUGGUGAGAAAUCAACCAAUUACAGGUCAGCCAACUAAACAGCAUGCCGGCGGUAGGCGCACGCCUUCCGCUGCCGCACAUCUACCGGUCACGGAAGGCGGAAACGUAACUUCAUCGGCUGUGGCCACCAAUAUGUCUUCCAAUGGGGCUGCAAAUGUUGUGACCGGUUGUGCUAGUAGUGGCUCUGCUCCUCUCGGUAGCGCUACGGGUGUUCCGUCCGUCGGAGUUUCAACUAAAAUGGAGGAAGACGACAACAGCGACACGGAGGCGCUGAAGGAUGUGCUAGGCCUCCCGACAGACUUUAACGAGGAAGAGUUCGUAAGCCAAAUAAUGAACGACGACGAGCUCACGAAAAACUCCAGCGCAUUCGAUGAUCUCACCACCGCGACGGAGCUUGGCGAAACGCUUGCGAAGGCUUCAAAGGACGAGCUGGAUAUAUUGAGCCCGCACUUUGAUCUGGCCAAUUUCGGUCAGAUGGACAGCAAAGUGGUGGAGGAAAUCUUCAAAACGGUUCUUACCGACGAAUCGCAGGAAUCUCAGGAGUCUAUGCUUGCGGGUACCAUGACACCUUAUACGUCCAACACAUCAACGCCAUCGCAUAGUGCCGACGUAACAAAAAAAGCCGUGAACACACGGUACAUCGCAGCAGGCGGUGUGCAACCAAUGAUGCAGCAACCGGCACAGCAACAGCCGAUGCAAGAGCAUCCUACCCACUUACAUAAUCCAUCACAACAACCACAGCUUCAAGUGCAACAACAACCGCAGCAGCAGCGUCAGUUGCCGGCCGGUAUGGUUUUGGCGCAGCCCGUUCAAUCUGCCGGCAUGGCUGGUCAACAGGUGAUGCUGAACGAACAAGCACAUGCCGCUGCAACAGGUAGCAGCAUGGGAAUGCAGCCAAAUCCAUCGCAGCAGAUGACGAACGCCAUGGGUGGUAUGGCUCCGACACACAUUCCACAAUCCGUCCAUGGACAGUCUAACAUAAUGGGCGGUCAAAUGAUGUUGAACCAACAACAGCAGCAACAGCAACCAGGGACAAUCGGUGUCAUGCCACCAGGCAUGAUGCAGGGUCCGAAUCUUGGUCCUAAUGGACCUCAGCAACAAACUCCACUGCAGCAACAGCAGCAGCAGCCGCAACAGCAACAACAGCAGCAAGGCAUGCCGAAUUCAUACACAAUGAUGCCUUCCCAAGCACAACAGCAGCAAAUACCUUUAACAGUCAGUGGUUCUAUACCGCAGGACGUAAACCAACAGCAGCAACAUAUGAACCGAGGGUAUUAUUCUAAUGACUUCCUUUCCCAGAGAGCCAUGAUGAGUGCAUACCAGGAUCCUUCCCAGUGUCAGUCAUCGGUUACAGUUCCAUCGCAGCCACCGAUGCAGCAAUCGGGCCAGUGGCAGAACCAAAAUAUUCCGCUGGUGGCGGGUGCCGGCCCGAUCGAUACUUCGCCGGGGACUUUAGCCAGGGCCACAACCCUCCCGCAGGGUCCCGCAGCAGCGUCUGGUGCCGGUGAAAUGGUCGGUACGCUGGACGAAAGCAAUAUGAAGAGUGCGCAAAAGCUGUCCGAGAAGAUGCGGAAGGACGAAAUGCUCGGCGAUAUGGCCACCAUUUCCUCGGUUCUGUACUGCAACAUGCGCCACCCCGAGCUGAAGACGGAGUACCCGAACUGGAACGAACGCUGGAAGCAGAUCAGCAAACGAUGGCGGCUGCUGUCGAACGAGGACAAGCAACCCUUCCUGCAGCACGCGCGAGACAAUCGUUCGGCCAGCAAGAUGAAGAAAACACAACAGGUACCACAGUUAUCACCCAAAGAUGGCAAUAGCAAUAGUUCUGGUAUGAUGAACAUUGUCGGUCCCUCGUCUGCAUCUUCUCCCUCUUGCUCCUCAUCAUCAAACAUAUCGGGAUCGCUAACCACGGAAACGGGUUCCAUGUUAAUGGGGUCGGACCAAACGGUGGCUGGCGGUUUGGUACAACAUCAUCUCGGAACUCAUCAGCAGCAGCAGCCGCAGCAACAGUCACAGCAGCUUCAGCAGCAGCUCCAACAACCGAUGGUGAGACAGCAGCAGCCAUCGGUUCCACAUGGACAGCAAAUGCAGCACCAGCAGCCGCAACAGCACCUGCUGCACAGCACACUACAGCCGCAGCCGCUACUUGAGGAUCAGGAUAAAAUAAAUGCACAACAGAAAAGCAUGCGCGAGGCGGAGCAGGAACGUCAAUGGAAGCAGUUGCAGCAGCAACGAGCUCGGGAGCAGCAAUCGCAGCAGCAUUUGCUGUUGCCAGAGCAACGAAUGCAAGAUCCAACAAUGCAACUGCAAGUUGCGACAGAUGUGGGACCGGGAAUGAGUCCAAUGGCAAGCCCCUCGCCCAAUUCAAGAGGUCCUUUCGUUUCUCCCGUAAACAAAACCCGCAUGCCUCCAUCGGUCGGCGGUAGUAUGGGAAUGAAUGCCCCCUCCAGUCCCGUAUCCGGUAGCUUUCAGCAUCCAAUGGGUAUGCCAGCUAGAGGGCUUCCCGUACCGAUGCAACAACAACGCCAGCUGCCCGGUCCGGUUGGUCAGGGGAAUCGAAUGCCAUUGAGUCCGUUUUCACCUCAGUCGCAACAGCCACAAUCUCCACAUGAUGUUAUGCCGGAAUCCCCCGUGAGUCAGCACUCCGGCAUGGAUCCGUUCGUGCGCCCUCCUUCCGAAGGCCUUGGAUCGGAUGGAUACGCCGUCCAUCAUUCACCGCAAACUCCCCGGUCCAUGGGACACCAAAGCCCAGUGGCAGCUGCCAACAGAAGUCCCGCCUACACGGGGCCACAGAUUGGACCCAACGUUGUCCCAGGCAGUAUGCGCAUGAACACGAUGGAUGCUAGCGGGUACGCGGGUGCACCAGGCACACCGAGGCCUCAGUUUUCGUCAGGCACUUCUAGACCGACGGUUUACGCACGUCCUGGUGACUUGUUUGGCCCGAUGCAAGGCUCGCCUUUCACCUCGCCCCGCUCCGAUGGAUUCGCCCAGUCACCGCAGGAAGGGAAUCGACAGUUGCGCGAUCUUUUGCAACGGCAACAACUCCCUGCACCGAAUCCACCAUCCGGUGGUCAGAUGAACAAUGUUGCUAGCGGACCGGCGAGUGGUGUUGGUUUGAUGCAACAAUCGGUUGCCCAACAGUCACCUCAAGCCCAAGUGCAGUCGCCGGGAGGGUUUAUGGACGAACAGCAGCAACAGCAACAACAACAGCAGCAGCAGCAACAACAAUUGCACCAGCAGCAAUCCCAAAUGCAACAACAACAGCAGGCUGCCCAAGUACAACAACAGCAGCAGCAGCAAUCUCAAAUGGCGCAACAACAACAACAUCAACUCGUGCAACUUCAGCAGCAGCAGCAGCAACAGGCCGGAAUAAUGCAAGGAGUACAGAGUCAAGGCCCAAUGCCUUCCAGCCCCACCGAUUUGGGAACGUUCCGACAGCCGUUGCCACCAAACAUGAUGGCUAGACCGCGUAUGCCGGGUACGAUGAUAAGACCGACCGGUAAUAUCGUCGUAGGAGCCAACAAUCAGAUCCUCGUUCGACAGCAAAUUGUCCGCUCUGCAGGCCCAAAUCAGUUGCUUAUAUCUCAACAGCAGGGAAUGAUGCAACCGCAGCAGCAACAAUCAGGGCAGGUACUGCGGCAACGAAUGCAAAUUAUUGGUUCCACUGUCCCCGAGGGAACACAGUUUGUCUCUCCAAUGGGACAUUUGAUGCAUGUCCAGCAACAACAAAUGAUCACGCAACCACAUCAGCAACAACAAGUACUUACCCCUUCACAAACCGACCAACACAACAUUGCGCUUCUAGCCCAACGGUUGGCGGGUGAGGGUGACGCACAUGUUGUUCCCUCCUCGCCGAGAACGUCACAACAAAUCCAGCAGCAGCAGCAACAGCAACAACAGCAUUCACAGCAACUGCAGCAGCAAGCAUCGGCAUCUGGUUCUGGACAAUCGGAUGGAUCGUCAGAAAUUCCGGAUAGCGUUAGUGCUGAGUUGGAGAAACUGGAACAAGAGGAUAACACGGGUAUGGGUGAGGUAGAAGGGGUUGGCGACUUGCUUGGUGAGCUGGGCGAUGAUGAUGCCGAUCUACUCAAUUCGCUGACGGCGGAAAUGGGAGAGGAUUUCAACAUUCUCGAGUACGCAGAUCCUGAGCUCGACACGACGGACGGCGAAAAGUCGAACCUCCUCGACAGUCUGGAACUCGACGACGAAAACAAAGAAUCCGAUGCCAAAAGCAAGCAAAAGCUGCAGUCGGACACUGCAGGUGAUGGCAUGGCGGAGCAACAGAACAAACAAACAUCCGCUGCGAAUGCUGGUAGACCGUCGUCUGGGAACGAGACUUUGAUGCCGAAUAUGGGAAAUACCGUAGUGACGGCUCAAAACACGAUGCAACCUGGACAAUUUAUGCCAAUGCAAGGACAGAUGAUGCAACAACCGCAGCUGCAGACGACAAUGCAACCACAACAGCAACAUCAGACGACAAUGCAACCACAACAGCAACAUCAGUUCGCCCAGCAACAGCUUAUCGGUUCGAGUCCUGUUCCACAGCAGCAAAUGCAGCAACUUCCGGGCGGUGCUCAAAUGAAAGCAAUCCGCCCGAACAUGUUGGGGCAAUCCCAGAUACAUCAAAUGCAUUCACAAAUACCACAACAACAGAUGCAACAGGGUGUCUUGAUUGGCGCAAAUCCCAUGGGACUUGGGCCUAGGAUGAUAAAUAAGGAUGGAACUGUUGGUAUUGUGAAUAUGAAGGCUGGUCUCAUGAACCAACAGCAACAGCGAAUGCAACAAUUGAAGCAAAUGGGUGCAGGAUUCGUGCAGAACAUUAUACCAGGUCAACCGCAACAGACGCGCAUUGUACAGCAGAUGCAAGGCAACCGUAUGAUACAGACGGUCACCAAUAUGCCUGGACAAGGGCAACCAUCCCAGCAGCAGCCGCAGCAGCUUGGGGGCGGUGGAGGUGGUAUACAGAACCAAACGCAAAUGGCCAUGCAACACCAGCAGCUGCAGAAUGUCCAGCCGCAAGCUCAGGGUCAGACAACUCAGCAGCAACAGCAGGGUGGCGUACCUGUUGCAGUUGGUCAGCCACCACCGCCGCCGUAUCCCGAACCUCCGCCACCGUAUCCGGGCAACCAAUCAAAUCCAAUGGGGACCGCUCCCGUUCAGGAACAACGACUAUUGCUGGAGGACAUGGUUGAGCAGGAAAAACGGGAGCAAGCUAAUCAACUGCAGCAAGUUAGCGAUAUGCCAGCUAACUUGUUGGCCGAUCAGCAGUACGAUGGCAUUAUGAACAAUCCACAAGGCAUUGUACGUGGGUCACAGCAGUCCGCCGGCAUGGUGGUUAAUCAGCUACAUCAAAACCAACAGCAGCAGCUUCAAUCACCACCAGGGAUGCACGGUCAGAUUCAGAUGCAAUCACCGAAUGGGACACAAUUCAUGCUUCAGCAACAACAGCAGCAACAGCAACAACGAAUGAACACCCACUGGCGCCCACCGACACCAGUACAGACAACAGCAGCAGCAGGAGCCGGUACGGUAUUGGGAGGACAAAUAUCUUCACAGCCCAUCGCAACCAAUAGUCAAAUGGCGAAAACAACUACCACUUUACAAACCGGUGCUGCAACAACAACGGCGCCCUCAACUGCAACGACCACCGAUCCUUCGGCCAACAAAUCAAUCCCACUGUUUCAGGCUAAUUUGCAACCCCAACCUCCACAACCACCGGAAACUAUCGCAACCGACCAGGACCGCGUGCUGCAGAUCAACUACGAAAAUUGGUUGAACCAACAGAAUACGGUGCUGUCGAACCAACUGAAGUACUAUGAAACGGAAAUAGUGAAACUGCGCAAGGUGAAAAAACAGCUCAACACCAAGCAGCGCCACUUGCGCAAGCAGGGUAACGAACUGACGGACAACGACGCCAAAGAGUUGCAGAAAAUAACUGCCGAUCAUGGUAUCAUCCAAAAGCAACUAGAAAAUGCGCGCCGUCAGCAACGGCAGCAUUCCGUUAUACUGCAGGACUACAAAACGAAGCAUCCGACGUCUAAACCAGCGGCGACAACUCCGACUCCGGUCGGGGCACCACCUGGCAGCUCUCCCGCUCAAUCACUUAUUGCCCCACCGUCUCCUCUCAUGUCGCCCUCACCCAGCUCGCAGCCAGGCUCGCUCUAUCAGCCUCCGGUACAGUCCCCGUUAGGCAAUCCUAUCCUGCAGCCGAAUCAAAGUCCACUGCAUUCGCCCAGCCCGCUCCUGUCACACAGUCCCGGACCAGCAAGCGUUAAUUCGGUCCUGCAAAGCCCAGGCGGUAAUCACACCAACUCAAACAGUGCUAUGUCUCCGUACAGCACGAUGCAACCUUCGCCCCGUAUCGGUACUCCACACUCCCAGAUUGACGAGAAUCCGUUCAGUCCUGGGCCGGCAGGUGGCCCAUCGCCGUCGCCAUCGAUACCCGGUAGACUGACAUCGCCAGCGCCAAGAAUGACCUCCCCGCAGCACCGUGUAGGCGGCCAGCAGCUUGUCGGUGCAACGGGCCGCAUGGUACCGAGCCCCGGCCACCAGUACACACAGCAAGGCAUGAUGCUACAGAACACCAUAAUGAAUCAACAGCAACAGCAGCAACAACAACAGCAGCAGCAACAACAAACGCGCUUUGUGCGCCCACAAAUUAUACCGAACGAUCCGAACGUAAGAAUGCGUGUUGCAAACAGCAUUCAAUUGCAACAACAACAGCAGCAACAGCAACAACAACAGCAGUUAAUCGGACAAAACCCAAAUGCCGUUCGCCAACAAAUGCAACCGGUUGGUUCGAGUGGCACAGCUAGCGGGUACAAUUCGCCCCUAGGCAGCCCCCAGCCCAUCAUGUCUCCAGGUGGGGGCAAUGUUGCUCAACAUCAGAUGCAACAACCGCAGCAAGGCAUAGAUCCCCGAACUAUACAGUUCAUGCAGCAACAGCAACGCAUUCAGCAGAUUCAGCAGCAACGCCAGCAACAAAUCUUGCAACAGCAACAACAGCAGCAACAACAACAACAACAACAACAACAACAACAACAACAACAACAACAAUCACCUCAACACGCAGCAGCGGGUAGUGCAAGUACAAUGAUGCAACAGCAACCAAACCAGCAACAAAUGCAAAUGAUGCAACAGCAGCAGCAACAAAUGCAGAUGCAUCAAAUGCAACAACAACAACAACAACAACAACAACAACAACAACAACAACAACAACAACAGCAGGCGCAACAGCAGCAGCAGCAGCAACAACAACAAAUGAAUUAUGCAAAGCAAAGUCCAAUUCACCAGCAACCACCUUCCCCAUUGCUAAGCAUUGGAGGCGGCGGAACCACACCUACAUCAUCCCCAAUGCCUCAAAGUCCGAUGAUGUAUUACGGGCAACAGCAGCAACAACAGCAGCAGCAGCAGCAGGUGCAGCAAGUUCAACAGCAGCAACAGCAGCAACAGCAACAGCAAAUACAGCAGCAGCAACUUAUACGACAACAGUCCCUACCGACCGGCGAUGGUAGCUACACAACCAAUUCUACCGUCGGGAGUGGUGGUGGUAGUGGUGGAGGAAUGAAUCACCCAUUGAAUCCACUUCCUCUGCCAUUCGGAACGUUUGGUUACAUAAAGUUAGGUCUACGUGGCGGAUCGCCAAUGUGGGGUAGUGCCAGGGGGAACAAGCGCGCCAAUCCAGUGGCUCAGUUUCAGCAGCAACAGCUACAAAAGCAAUUACAAAAACAGCAACAACAACAACAGCAACAACAACAACAACAGCAACAGCAGCAACAACAACAAGCGGGUGCUGCUACGAGCGCGGGCACUUCUGGACAGCGACCACAAGCAGUGACCACCAAGCAGCAAACCAUUAGUGCCAAUGCGACCUUCAUUCAGCACCGCAAUCGUAUCACGAUCGUGCAGAAAUCACUGGCAGGUACGAUGGGAGCCGUCACCUUAAAGCCGGUAAACCAAGUGAACCAACUGGGAGCGACAACUACGGUGGUCAAUAACAACAGCGGCGGUAGCAGUAGCAGUAGUAGCAGCGUCGAGGAGAUUGUCGUAAUCGACAGCAGUCCGGAUGAGAAGCAACAACGAUUGCUCGAUUACGAUGAUGAUAACGAUAAGACACUGGUCGAUGCGGAGGUUUCCCUGAACUCGGUCGCACACCAUGGCACGGAUGGGGAUGAAGCGAUCAUCGAGUCGUUUAGUACGACCCCAACCGGAUACGAGAUUGUUGGUAGUCCGCUCGAUUCGCAAAUAGUAUCCGGUGGUGAAUACAAUCUUUUCUCCGACGAUGUGGUUGAGUGUGUGGACAGCGAAGACGGUGGUGGUAGUGGUACUGGUGGUUCCGGUGGCGGUAUAAUUUCCAGCAUUACUAAGAAAGAUACCCGAACCGUUACGGUGGAAUUGCUAAUGGACGACAGUUCAAAGGACAAACCCUUGUUGGGCAGCUCCGAAAUAGAGAUUGUGGAGAGCGUCGAUGACAGCAACAUCACGACGACGGCAGAAGACUUCGAGGCGAUGAUCGAUAGUCGUCCAAUAGAAGGGACAACAGCAGACGGCGGCGGAGGGAUGAGUGAGACCACUAGUUCCGCAAAGUCGUCAGAAACUAUUAGCGUCCACCAGCAUCAGCAGCAGCGCAAGGAAGAGAAAACGGUUUCACCGACGAAAGAGAUGACCAUCGUAACGGUGCAGCACCAGCAGCAGCAAAACAGUCCCAAACCAAUUGCCUAUCCCGCGGGGACCAUUGCCAUACAGAAAACGCUGAUGCAAACCCGACCCAUUGUAUCCGCCGCCCACCAGCGGCUGGUGAAGGAUGCAACGGAAACAACGGCCAAGCUAUCGAUCGGAAAUACCACCAUCUCGGUGCCGAUACUGAAAAAAAGCUUCCCGAUGGCGACCGCCUCGAAGACGGGUGGGGGUGCGCAGGACCACCAGAACGCAGUCAGCCGCGCGACGACAACGGCGACGACGACGAAGAAGAUUCUCAACACGUCCGGGUUGUCGAUCAGCAACAUUUCGAAGAAUUCCGCCGGCGGAACGGUGAUAGCCGUGGCCGGGCAGAAGAUCAACACAACCAGUAUCGUAACGCUGUCGUCGCUGAACCUAAACCAGUCGGCUCCCUUCAUCACGAAGACCUUCGCUCGCCCCGGCACGGCCGCCGUUACGAUCCAGCAGCAAAAACAACUCCAAGCUCAGCAACUGGCGGUGGGUUCGCAGAUAAAAAUACAGCAAGCUCAGGCGCUCGCCACUCAGUUGACCGUUGCCAAUGUAGCAGUGGCCAGCAGCAGUAGCUUAACUUCCACAAACACCGCAACCAGUGUGCAAGCUACAACAGUUUCUUCGCAACAGCAACAACAACAGCAACAUCAGCCGCAGAUUGAAAAUAUAAUAUUGAAAAGCAAACCGAAGGCACCGUCACCGAGUUUGAGCUAUGCGAAGCUUUCCACACUCACCGUGACACAGGAUACGUCACUUCCGACCAAAAUCUUCGAAGAUGAUUCCAUCUCACCGGACAGCUCCAUCAGCCAGGAGGAUGCUGAUCAGUUGCCACUUGAGAAAUCGGAAGCGACCGCCUCCGACUCCCUGGCGGACGCAUUUGUGCAGGUGACCGAAGCGCCGGCAGAUGGCAAUCAGCAGCAGCCAGACGCAACGGCUGGAAAUAGUAAGCAAAAUGCUCCCACAACAACAGCAACAACAACUACUACCGUCGCCAGUACAAUUCCGGUGCACGUAAUAUCGAAAUCGAGGGAAAACUCACGCAGUCCCAUCCUACACGGUGGGGAGCGGCAAGGCACUCCAACUGGCCAGCGAAUCGUAUCGUCCAUACCGCAACUUUCGCCCCUGUCGCAACCGAAUGAGCUGACUUUGAAUGCAAUGAACGUGUCGCAACAAGUGCGUUCCAUCAUGUCGUCGAUUAAUGUAUCCAAUGCGACCACGGUCUCAGCGAGUGGGGCGUCCUCUGGGCACCAAGCCUCGACACCCUCAGCGAACGUCUCGUCCAGCAACAUAUCGACGAUAACGUUCGAUACAAUCAUCGGCUCGAAGGGUGAUAAUAUGAGCAAAACGGAAACGAUUGCCAGCAUCUUGAAGACGGUGUCGGGCAAGACUAUCUUACCGGCGGCCGCAAUCGCUUCAAACUCGUCGAACUUGAUUAAGGUGUCCGAGCACCAGCAGCAGCAGCAAGGUGGUGGAGUGGCAGCAGCAUCCGGACUAACGACGACCACCAUCACGUCCAUUCCCGGCACGAAGCUUAUCACACAGCAGUUGCAGUUGAGUCGCAUCCCCGGACAAGCGAUCGGCGGUGGCAACAACAACAUCCUGGUGGUGAAACAGGUGCGCGCUCCGAGCAAGCAGGCCGGCCAGGGUGGCCACCACCAAAAGCAACUGGUUGUGCUCACCCAGGGUGGUCAGGGUGGCCAGGGUGGUGGUGGGCAACAGAUAAAACUUCAGCCUCAUCAGCAGCAACAGCUGGCCAGCGGAAACAGUGUUAUCAUUCAGAGCCAACCAGCUGGUGGAAACAGUGGAGGAGGAGGAGCAGGCGGUGGAACCAAUGUCCAGGGUGGUAGCUUCGUAAAAAUUACCACCGCCACGCCGACCGUAGUGUCCGCGAGUGACUCGAUGGUAAAGACGGUCGACUCGAACAGUGCCAGUACUAUCGCUACCAUUCUCAGCAAUGCAAAUCAGCAGCAUCAGCAGCAAACAUCGCUGCAAUCAUUGAUUCCCCAGCAGCAAAACCAACAACAGCAGCAGCAGCAGCAGCAAAUUAUAUGCACCAAUCAAGCAACCGGGCAAACACGCAUCCUCAACUUGGGUACCGUUGUCGCCACUGUCAGUGAUGCCGGUCAGACCAAGUCCAUAGUAAUGAACAGCAGCGGCGGCGGUGGUACUCGCGCCGCUACGAUAACAAGUGUAAACGUAACACCCGUGGCUGUGUCUACUGCAUCACCCUCUACGAGCAUUCUUAGCGCAACUCUUUCCCAGCCUCUGGUGAAGGGCAGCAAUGCGUCGGCCAUCAGCACGCUGCUGCAAAAUCAGCUCCAGAGUUCGAACUCCUUCCGACGCUCAAAGUCCACUGAUGAGGCACCGGGCCAUGUGCAAGGGCGCGGCGAAUCGGCCUCGCAGAUCCUCUCGAAGCGGCUCAGUCUAGAAGCGGCCAACGUGGUCAAAAGUGAACCGGUGGAUAGUGUUUCCGACGACACGAACGUGAGCUCCUCCUCCUCGUCGACGACAGCGGCUUCAUCUGGGCCAAAGCAGCCAACACCUCCACCCUCGGCCGUUGGCUCAUCAUCGGCUGUAUCAAAAUCUGAAACGUCCACUGGAAGUGGGUGUAAGUUUUCCAGCAUGUCGUCUUCCACCUCCUCGGCCUCCUCGUCAGCCGGUGUGAUGUCAAAGUCUGAGGAUUCGCAAAAUGUAUUGCUGAAGCAGCUACUGCAGAACAGUGGAGGUAGCAGCAGCAGCGGGGUGUCAUCGCCAGCCCCGUCACCGAUCGGUCGUGCUGUGCCGAGUUUGAUAACCAACCAGCGAGCUCCCAGCUUGGGAGUGGUUAGUUCGCUCGAGGCACAGCUUGCCCGACCAGUGAUUCCUCCCUCGGCGAACCCGCCAGCCAUACAGAUCAUCAGCACUCAAUCGAUUGCGGCUGCCAUUACAUCCACGGCCACGUCCGCAUCAAUCGCUACGCCGUCCUCCUCAUUGACGUCGUCGUCAUCAAUGGUAACAACGCCUUCGACGCCCAUCGCAGCCUCAUCAGCAGGAUCGUCAACUGCUAUGGCUACCGUGACAGCCGUGGCCUCUUCUACUUCUGCAGUUGUUACGCCAGUUGAAACAACGAAACCGAAGCUGAUAUCGCGGGAAACGUCGUUCGUGUCGAAACCGGCCGGUAUAUCGUCGAGCCAUCCGACACCGAACCUAGCUGCCAACAUGCUUGCCGCAAGUAUCAAGAAGGAGGAAAUGUUACAAGCGGCAGCAGCAGCAGCAGCCGGAUUCCCAAAUGCUAGCACUACCAUUGCACAAGGCGCAACGGUACAGGUUGAAUCCGGCUCGAUUACCGUGACCCAGAUCCAAACUCCUCAGCCGGUGACGUCCAGUGGCUCCCAGCUCCCGAUGGUAGCCACAAAACCCCCACAACAACAGCAACAGCUCACCAUCCAGCAGCUACAACAGCAGCAACAGCAGCAGCAGGCCACAAAUCCGAAUGCGAUUGGGCCGGUAGGCGGCACCAUUGGUGAGACCAACAUAACCAUAAUCAAGCGAGAAAUCAUCGCAAACCAAUCACCGCAAACAACAGCUCAAGCGUCGACUGCCACAACAACCCCACUGCAAACGGCGGGUGGCAUCAGUGUGACGGUAACAUCGAAGAACACUGUAGGAGAACCCGAUUCGAAACGAUUCGCCCCAAGUCCGGUGAUUGCGAAUGAUUCUACGACCACAUCGGCUCCGGGAUCACGACCCACAACACCCCAGCAGCAGUCUACCUCCAGACCUGCUUCGGUUACUCCCCGCUCGGGCACUCCGGUUGAAGGCAAAGAAUCCGAUCAGACACCUGGCGGGCAACAGCAGUCGCCAUCGGUCGCUACGACAACCACUAUGUCGAGCACGAUAACGACACCCUCAACAAUGGGACCUCCGACACCGUUGACGAUGAAAUCGUCUCCAGCAGCUCCCGGUGGCGGUGAUCCAAUGGCUGGCACCUCCUCCACUAGCACUGCCAUUGCAACUCCUCCAAACAAGGAGGGACAGACGCAGGAUGCUGCUCCUGCCGGUUCGGUUCCACCGGAAGUACCUGAGAAAACGGCAGCCGAAAUUGCUCUCGAGCUAAAGAAGAAAAAGCGUCGAGAGUAUCAGAAAAACAGGCGCCAAAUGCAAAUUCAGUCGAACAAAGACAACCAGUCACACAGUCAGGCGAAGAAGAAGCCGAAAAAGUCGGUAAAAGUGGAGGAAGACUACGACACUUGCAUCGACAACCUGAUGGCACAGCUGCGUCAGCUGCCACCUAUGCAAAUCCUCGAACCCCAAUUGCCCCGAAACUACGGCGUAUGCCCCGUGUUUGGCACGGGCGAUCUGGCCAAGUUCACCAACCUAAAGGGCUACUCGAUAGCAUCCGGUGACCUGACGGGAAGCUACGGCAGUGCGCAGCUACCGUCUGUAGCAGACUUUUACAACACGAAACCGUUCGGUGUGAAAGACCCGCCACCAGAGCCGGUACCGACGUCGACACAGCGUGGCUUCUACGAUCAGGAGUUUGCACCGAUCAAAUUCGAAACGGAGGAGCGUCAUCGGUAUGAGUUUGUGCGCGACCGGGAUCUCGAUUCGCCCGACACCAUUAUCAGCACCUCUAGCCCCGAGUGCAUACGCUGGGAAUCACCCAUCUGCUUUCCCGGCUUGCGCUUGAUCAAGGAAGAACCGGCCGAGGACGAUCAGGUAACCGUCUAUAGGCAAAUGUCCCCAGUCAUACCGAUCCUGGCGCCCAUUCCGAUACGGCUGCGGAAGGGUAUGACGUUGUCGGCUGAAGGUGGCCGUCCGAAUGGGGUGUUCGGCUCAAACGAAAGCAACAAGGAGAACGAAGGCGGUAAGGACACUGUGAUCGGCGGCAUCAGGUCACGGUUCGGUCCACCGACUCCUCUGAAGGACACGAGCAAUGUGACGGUCACGUUGACACUUACCUCCUCCGCUGCCGAGGACAUUUUCGGCGUCUUACGUGACCUGGCAAACAUACUGGACAUUCCUCCACCGACGACGUACCAGAUAGUGGAACGAACGAUGUCUCCCACCAGCCAAAAACUGGGACUGUAUCGCACCAAGGGGCGCGACGGAAAGGAAGGCACCUCGAUCGACAUUCAAACCAUCCUGAACGGAUCGGCCCGCUUCUGCCGGCAUUGUGAUGUGGUCAUCCUGAACAGUAUCAUCAUCGCACAGGCCUCCGAGUUUCCUUUGCUAUCCAAUGGAUCGGCUGCUGCUAGUGGUCAGGAGUUGGAAUCUGAAGAGCUGUACUUCUGCGGCGAGCAGUGCUAUCGACAAUUCAAGUGGCGUCCCACAAACGUCCUGGACGAGGAAGGAAACACCACACGAACCACCGAACAAACCGUGGUCCCCACAGGAAGCGGGGAAGGUCCUCCCGGUGCGAGCCGAAAGUCCACGGCUGUCAGCGGUGUAGAAAUCAAGCAGGAAAUUCUAGAGGACGUAGAGAUGGAGGAAGUCGCCUCACAAAACUCAUCCACGACGGACGCAUCGCUGAGCGGAGAGCGCAAAAAGAAACACCCGGACGACGGUGCUCCAGAGCGGGACGUGCUUGUUGGAGCGCCACCUGCCAAGCAGGUGCGGGGCGUCCGGUACAAGACGUACAGUCCGAACUGCUUCCCCGUGCAGCGCUUCAAGAAGCCGACCGAGAAGGAAAUCACUGAGACGUUGUUCCGCAUGAGCAUCACCGUGACUCCGUCGCCGAAGAUGCCAGACGACACCCGGCGCUGCAUCUUCUGCCACACGGUUGGAGACGGCGUGGCGGACGGUCCUUCGCGGCUGCUGAACUACGAUGUCGACAAGUGGGUGCACCUCAACUGUGCCCUCUGGUCCGACGGGGUGUACGAAACGGUGAACGGCGCCUUGAUGAACCUGGAGAACGCGCUCCAGCAGAGCCUAACCUCGGUGUGUGCGUUUUGCAACAAUCUCGGCGCGACAAUCAAGUGCUUCAAGACGCGCUGCGCCAACGUGUACCAUCUGAGCUGCGCGAUGAAGGAUAGCUGUGUGUUUUACAAGAACAAAACCACCAUGUGCCAGACACACGCACCGAAAACGGAGAAGGACUCGGAGCUGACGACACUCAGCGUGCAGCGGCGAGUGUAUGUCGAUCGGGACGAAAGCCGCCAGGUAGCGUCCGUGAUGCAUCACUCGGAGUCGAGCAACUUGCUACGGGUGGGCAGUUUGAUCUUCCUAAACGUGGGUCAACUGUUGCCUCAUCAGUUGCAAAACUUCCAUACACCCAACUACAUCUACCCGAUUGGAUACAAGAUCAUUCGUUUCUAUUGGUCUAUGCGCCAUCCGAACAAACGGUGCCGAUACAUCUGCUCGAUCGCAGAUGUCAGCGGACGGCCCGAGUUUCGCGUACUUGUCCAGGAAACGGCUGAGCCAGACAUAGAAUUACGCGACGCCACACCGAAGGCCGUCUGGCAUCGAAUCCUAGAGGAGAUGGCGCAGCUGCGCAAAAACUGCCACAUCGUUCAGCUCUUCCCGCGCUAUGUCACCGGUGAGGAUCUCUUCGGGCUGACCGAACCGGCCGUGGUGCGCAUCCUCGAGAGCCUGCCCGGCAUCGAAACACUCACAGACUAUCGCUUCAAGUACGGACGCAAUCCGCUGCUCGAGCUCCCGUUGGCUAUCAAUCCGUCCGGGGCCGCCCGAACGGAGGCAAAGCUGAAGCACACGCUGUCGUGGAAAAAACCGCACACCCAGCGAACCGGUUCGGCCAGCCAGCGACCAACGUUCGUGCCGACCAGCUCGCCAGCCGGAGAAGUUGCCUGCCCGUACAGCAAGCAGUUUGUGCACUCGAAGAGCUCCCAGUACAAGAAGAUGAAGCAGGAGUGGCGCAACAACGUAUUCCUAGCCCGGUCAAAAAUACAGGGCCUUGGGCUGUACGCAGCACGCGACCUGGAGAAGCAUACCAUGGUGAUCGAGUACAUUGGAGAGGUGAUCCGCACCGAGGUGUCCGAAUUGCGUGAAAAGCAGUACGAGGCAAAGAACCGUGGUAUCUACAUGUUCCGGCUAGAUGAGGAGCGUGUCGUCGACGCAACGCUCAGUGGAGGGCUGGCGCGAUACAUCAACCAUUCGUGCAAUCCAAAUUGUGUCACAGAAACGGUCGAAGUCGAUCGUGAGCUACGUAUCAUCAUAUUCGCGAAACGGCGCAUCAAUCGAGGAGAGGAGCUGUCCUACGACUACAAGUUCGACAUUGAGGACGAUGCCCACAAGAUUUCGUGUAUGUGUGGCGCACCGAAUUGCAAGAAGUGGAUGAACUAAGCAUAUAUAUACAAUGCAUACUCCUCAAUCUGUAAAGAUGUUUACAUCCGUUUUGUCCAAACGCACACACGCACAUGCUUUUUGCCCACUUUUAUUCUAGUAGGAUUAAUUUUUGUUUCCCUCUUUCUACGGAACCUUCGUGAUGCACGACUUUGACGACCAUGUUGAUAAUUAUGACGAAAGAUUUUGUGUAUAUAAGUUCUAUUUGUACAUGGAUAUUUGGUAGCUAGUAUUAAUUCUAUGUUGCAAAUUCCGGUGUCAGCGCCAUUGUGUCCACCACCAUCGUUGGUGGUUUAGCAGAUAGGUUUUGGCCGUACAAAAAGAUGAAUAAAAUAAUCACGAAAUACAGUGCUUUUAGAAAGCAGUAUGAGCUAUGUAGUUAAAAACAAGUGCUGCAAACACUGCAGGUGCAGUGCACUGCAAGGGAUGCUGCUCUGAACAUUAAAUGAUACGAUAAGUGAGUAGAACAAUAAGUGAUAGUUACAAAAUGAAAUAAUGGACACGAAAAUUUUUAAUGACCAUGUUACACAAUAACGCAUGUUAACGGAUACUAAAAUUGACCUUCCCCUAUUGCUAUUAGAAUUAGGAGCAAAAAAGUAUAUAAAAAAAUAUAUAUACAUAAAUAUAUAUUUUCGGACGAUUAUUUUAGCAGUCUAUUUUGCUAUAUACAAGGUAAUAGUCAACAAUAGAGAACAAAAAUGGCAAUGGUGCAGAAGGAACAAAUUAUUGAAGAAUAAACUUUAAAAAAGACCUAUAAGAAGGACAAGUCCACGCUUUAUGCCGUUGAUCGUCACCGGACAGGCACCCAUUUUCCGAGGGUGAAAAAGAAAAUAAAGACCAGGCAAGAUAAGGGUAAUAGCAAUGAAAUAGUCUCGCCAACGGACAGGUGUACUGAGGUGAAGGUGGGAUAGGAUAUAAUUUUAAAUAUAUAUUGAUAAAUAAGACG